AUGACAUCCAACAUAACCCUCUCAACCCUCCCCUUCAUAACCCGCGAAACCCUCGCCUCAAAACUCAAACCCAGCCCCUCCCCUACCCCCCCUAACACCACCACCCCCUCCAUCGCCAUAAUCGACGUCCGAGACUCCGACCACAUCGGCGGCCACAUAAAGGGUAGCACAUGGAUCCCCAGCUCAACACUCGAGUAUAAAACCCCUGAACUAGUGCGCACACUGAAAGAUAAAGAUGUUGUUGUUUUUCAUUGUGCGUUGAGUCAACAGAGGGGGCCUGGGGCGGCGUUGAGGUAUUUGAGGGAGAAGGAGAGGUUGGGUGUGCUUGGGGGGAAGGCUGGGGGAGAGGGAGAGGGGGGGAAGGAGAAAGAUGGGGGGCAGAGGGUUUAUGUACUCAAAGGUGGGUUUACGGAGUGGCAGGAGAAAUAUGGGGAGGAUGGAGAGUUGACGGAGGGGUAUGAGAGGGAUGUUUGGGAGUUUGGGUCGUAG